CGCUGCGUGGCUGCUGGGCAAGCCACUUCGGCCAUGAGGCGGCAGCAGCAGCGGCGUCGGCCGCGCCGGGGGUCGGGCCAGUGUCUCGGGGCGGAGCGCGGGUGGCGCGUCUCCCCGAGCGACCGAGGCGCGCCCAGCACCAACAAGGGCGGACAGAAGCCGCCCAUCGCGUCCUGCUGCAGCUUGUCCGGCGCCGACAACCAGCAGGAGAUGGGGCGGCGUAGGAGCCCCGGCCGCUUCUCCCCGCCGCGCGGUUUCACCGACGCCUACAGCUCGGAGCCCGAGGCGGCGGGGGGCGAAGGCUACUUGGGACGCCAGGCCUUGGCGCAAAUGUACCGCGACGAAGCACGGACGAUGGUUCCGGCGCGCACUGGCAAGGGCGGGACCAACGCGCAGCACCGCAGCAAAACCCACCGCGCCGCCUCCGCCCACCCGCAGCGCUUGGCUGUAUGGCCGCAGCACCACCUGGCCCCGGCGGGAGAAGGCUGCGCCACCCCUUGCACCACCUCGUGUACCACUCUGUACGGCGGGGAGCCCCCCAUCCGCUCCCCGACGGGAAGGGGCACGCGCGUGGAGGAGCUGCUCCGGGAUGACCAGUGGGCCAGCCCUCUGCCCAGGCCCGUCGAGUAUGGCACCGACUUCCACACCGACGCCAGCAAGCCGCCCUCCAUCUGCCCCUCUUCCUUCUCUGUCUCUCAGCUGGACAAGCCCUCCCCCAAGCUGGGGAAGAAGGAGCUCAAGCGAGGAAAUUGGCAGGAGCCCUGCCAGAGCAGUCCGAGUAUAGCAGACAUCAUGCACUCCUUGAAUAGACCCUAUGAGGAGGACGAGCCACAAGCUUACCUCAGUCGUGACCCCAAUGGCCAGCACCACAACCAGCGCUACCUCCGUCAUCAUAAGUCCCGGAAAGGAGAUGCCCAGAUCAGCCUCCAAGAUCUCGCUGACAAGAGAUAUGAGGAUUUGAUCCCUGAAAGAGACAAAAAAAUUGCAGCUCUGAUGUUGGCCAGGCACCAGGAGGAGGAAGAGAUGAAGGACAGGCAGCUCCAGGCCUCUGAGGCUUGGGACCAGAUGAAGCGCAAGGAGAGGAAGGACAAAGCACGGAUUGAGAAGGAGAGACAGUACCAGCUGGCUGAAAGUCUAGACCAGUGGCAAAGGGAACGAGAUCAAAGGAAAACCAAGCUCAGACUGGAGGAACAGCAGAUGUUGGUGGCCAGAGAGAAGGAAAUGAUGUUACGUGACAAAAAGUGGAAAAAAAUGGCCAAAGAGCAGGAGAGCAGGCGGAGGAUGAAACUUGACAUCAAUAAACUUCAGGCUGACUAUAAGAAACGUUGUCAGGAAAGGCAGCUCUGGGACAAAAGGUUAAAUGAUAAGAAUGCUAAGGAGCGCUCCUCUCAUUUGUAUAAGGAGCAGAUGUUGCAGGCCCUGGAGAGGAGGCUAAUGAAGGAAAUGGAAAAGAAAAGGAAAAGAGCUGAUAUGAAUGAAUUCAAAAGAGCCAGGCACAUGCACACAAAGAAACAGGUAGAUGACAGAGUGAAAGCAGAAGAGCUCUACAAAAGGCUUUGUAUUGAACAGAAGCUCCAGAGGUCUCAAGAAAUUCUGGAGCAGCUGAUUGAAGAAAGAAAUAGAGAAUUAAAGGAAAAAUCUUUCAAGGAAGAAGAACAAGGCUUGAUAGCUAAAGUUAGAGCAAAAGAGACAGAGGAAGAAAAGAGAAGACGCAAGAAGAUGUUGCUGCAGAUAGCUGAGAUGAAGAUCCAGGAAGCCAAAGAAAUGAUGACCAAAAAUACCCAAGACAAAAUACAACAUACAAGAGAAAUUAACCGCAUGAAAGAAAUAAACCAUCAUUGCCGCAAACAGAAGCUUGAUGAUGAUGAGAAAUGUCACCUGCGGGAAAUUCAAGAAGCUAUAAGAAGGAAAGAUCAGAAAAGCAAUCAGAUUCUAAGGGACAAGGAGACAGCUAUUGAAAAAUCUCGGAGAAUAGCCAAAGCAUCCUAUGACAUGAGAGAAAAAGUGAGAGAUCGGAUAAACCACGGCUCAUUUGAUCAGAUGGCUUUUGAUGCCCAUCGCCAUGCAAGUCUCCUGAGAGGUCUCUAGUGAAGUUUAAGAAAACAUUCCAGACUGUUGUGCAAGAAGAAAAGAUGGUUGUAGUGCAUUCAUUUUGUAGAACUGCAUUGCUGUAGACUAAAGUGGUUUCAGCCUUAAUUACUGUUUGACUCAUAAAUGAUUUCAAGGGUUAUGGUUUAAAGGAGGUUAUUAUACACAUACAGUUGUAUUACAGUUGUGCACAGAAAGUGUUGAACUUAGCUACCUACUAGGCUGUACAGCCAGCGGAAUGUAGUUUUGCAAUAUUAAGUCUAACCUGUUGCUCAGUGUUAGAGCAUCGCUUGGCAUGCAGCAGGUUCCAGCAAGUUCAGUCUCUGGCGUCUCCAGUUCAAAGGAUCAAGUAGCAGGUGAUAUGUAAGGUGUCCAGUUUGAGUAGACGGUACAGACCUUGAUGGGACUGAUGGUCUGAUUCAGUGUAAGGCAACUUAGUGUGUACUCUUUACAUUGAAUGUCUGGAGUUUUUUGAAAAUUAAGAGUAUUGAUGGGUAUACACAAACUAUUAGUGUUAACAGGUAUUUCAAGCCUAAGGAUGCAGCAGUCAACCAUAAAUGAAGAAUAAGAUUAUAUAUAAAGAUAUUCUAAUAAAUUAUCUAAAUGAAUACUGUUUUACAACUGAAUAAUCUAAGCAAUAGUUUUCAGACCUCACCCAGUCUCAAAUCCUAUUUUUCUCACGGGAAUUUAUGAACACCUCAUCUACUGGAUUAUAGCAGUGGUUUGACAGAUAUGAGCAUCCCAUUGAUGCCUUUGGCAAUGUCAGUUUUAAGUUUAAAAUGUACUUAAAUGAGAAACAUUUUGUGAAUGGAGUUACAAAGACCAAAGCAUGUAUCAUACCAGGUAUUUUAAAAUAAAGAUUGAUCGGUAUUUUUUCAAACCUCCU